AUGACGCAAGCCGCUCUCAUCCAGGGAAUAGAGCUCCACGCUCGGACUCUAGUGCCAUACAAGAACGGUAGUGACCAGAACACUUUCCUCGUGGGAACGCAAUCCCUUCGAUCGGAGAACCACAUCCACCGGCUCACGUUCGAUGACGAAAUUUCGAACUCGCUCGACAAGAAGAGUUAUCCUCAUCCACAUGGAGAGAUCUGGCACUUGGCAACACAUCCCGAAAGCCCGCUGAUCGCGACGUGUUUCAACCGACUUUCCGGAGAUGGCUGUUGUAAACGAGGAGCGAUAUUUAAAAUGCGAGACGACGCCCUCGACCUCCAAUACGAAGUUUCACCUCCUGCCGAGAUUGGCACCGAAGUUCGCCAAAUUCAGUUCGAACCAUCGACGGGGAAAUCGUUCGCCGCUCUGGUUGAUUGUCAGGUAGUUUUCCACGAUCUCGAUACCGGAAAAGUUUCGCAGAGUUCGAAAAUCGAGGCGAAAAAUACGUUGAAGACAUUUGCGUUCGGCUUCAGCCCUCCCGGGGACCUGCUGGCGCUCAACAGCGAUUCCACUUUGAGAGGACUGGACACGCGAAACCUCCAGGAGUGCUGGUGUGUUCCUAACGCUCAUACGAAUCAAAUACGGAGCUUAGAUUUCAAUCCAAACAGACCGAACGUGUUGGCUACGUCGGGCGACGAUUGCUCGGUGAAAUUUUGGGACUUGAGGAAUCUCGAGAAGCCCGUCGUGAGCAUGCGCCAUCACUCACAUUGGGUGUGGAGUGUCAGAUACAAUCCCUACUACGAUCAGUUGGUGUUGACCGGUAGUUCCGACUCGAAAGUUCAUCUGUUGAGAGUGGCCAGCGUGAGCUCGGACGAGGCCAGUCAAGAGCAAGAAGACGUGCUCUUGGAAACAUUCGAUGAUAACGAGGAUUCUAUUUACUGCACCGAAUGGGCACCGAACGAUCCCUGGAUUUUCGCGUCGAUAAGCUACGACGGGAGGCUCGUUGUGAAUCGGGUACCGAAAGAGGAAAAGUUUCGCAUACUGUGUUGA